CAAACCUCCAGUGCGAUGCCUCAACCUCUCAAUUACCACCAAAAGUCCCCUAAGGACACAUUUUGAGUUGUUUGGUGAAGCCCAAGAUGAUCAUGACAAUCCUUUUUCGUCGGGACACAAAUUUUCAAUGAAAAGGUGACAUCUUGUAAGAUGAAGUAUGCCUUGAUACAAUUGAGCAAAGUGUGCUAAAGGGACCUGCUGCCAAUAUAGUUCCUGUCUUGUUUGGAGAGAGACUGCCAACAUUGUGAAAGAAGGAUGCAAUGUUCUCCCCUUUUAACUCCCACCUUGAUCUCUCUCAGGUUGACUUACAAAAGAUGUUGAGAAGCAAUGAGGAUAUAAACUGGGAAAUUGAUGUUUUGAGACAAUGUUGCACCCGCUCUCCUAGUGUUGGUGCCAUGGCUUGUGAUGGACUUUGGAAGGUGUCGAUGCCUGGGUAGUUGAAACCUAAUGACCAAGUGGAGGAAGAAAGAGUUGGUACUGUAGCAAAAUAUUGGCGCCUAUUUCUUAAGGCUCAAGGAUCGAUCAAGUCUAGACCUCAGCUGAAGAUGGUCACUUGUGGUUUGUACAUGGUGUCAACACUCAGGACCCAAGCGUUGAGACCUUUAGUUGCUGACAGCCUUUUUAUGUAUGUUAUACUUGUACCCAUACAUUAUAUGCUGAUCAUCUUUAUAGGGGAUGAUUUUGAUCUGGACUAUGUCCCGACGUUUUUUCUGAUCUGGGUUUUACAAGUAAAAGUUUUGGUGUUGA